AUGAUUUGGGUGUUGAGGAUGAUAUCUCACUUGUGGCUUCUAUCUCUCACGGCCUUCGUUUUUCCCGAGGGAACUGGAGGACAAGGUGACAGAGGCUGGUUCCAUGUCGACAUUCGCUGGCGUCACGUGGGCUCUUACGGACUUCGGCUGAGCUGGAAUGCUCGUCAGUUGGCCUACCGCAGGGUGGAUACUGUUCGAUUGACUGCCGAAGAACUCUUUUCUCCCGGCGUUGUGCAGGAAAAAAACGCCAGCGUGAACGAUGGAAUUAUUACAAUUCUUGGACUGAAGCCUUACACAUAUUAUCAAAUGCUUGUGGACGGCUAUCGAGAUAAUUAUACAGUUUUUGGUGCAACAAGUCUAAUCAGAACAUUGCCGACUGCUCCUUCAUAUGUGGAUCCACCCACUGGAAAGGCGAUAUCGACAAAGGAAUUAGAAGUUAAGUGGUCAGCGCCGUCCCAGCCCAACGGAAUCCUCAAGCCAUACAUUGUGACUUGUUUCAAUACUUUUGAUUACAGUGAAUCUCACAGCGUCACAACUAAGGACAACACGACGACAUCGGUUACCUUUAAACAGCUGCGUCCAGGUAUGGAAUAUCAGUGCAGUGUGGUUGCCAGUACGUAUCCAGCAAACAAUCAGCGUGCGGCAGAUUGCGAGAGAAGGUCAGCGUUAUCAGAUCGCAUCCGGACCAUGGCUUUGGCUCCCUCUCGCGUUCCGCGUCCCAAAGGAGAGGCCAUCUCGUCGGCGGAAAUUCACCUGACUUGGUCUAAGCCCAGGCACUCCAAUGGCAUUCUCCAGCCCUACCUAGUUACCUGUUUCGACCUUACACACGGCAGCGCCCCAACAAACCUCACUACAGAGGACAGCGAGACAACCUCCGUUACAGUUAGAGGCCUGACUCCGAAAACAGAAUAUCAGUGCCUCGUGGUAGCCAGUACGAUUCCGGCAGUUGGACAGGAUCCAUCUCAGUGUGAAAGUCGUUCGGAGCUAUCGGCUCCCAUUUGGACAAAAUCGUCAAGUACGUUAUAG